AUGACUUAUGCUGCUCGUAAUUUAGCUAUUCUAAUUGAAGCCUUUCAAUUGAUUGGCCGAAUAUCAAUUUUAGGUGUAUCAUAUGGUACUUAUUGGUUAAAUCGUUUUUUAACCAUUUAUCCAAAUUUGGUACAACCACCUGUGAUGAAUAGUCCAUUAAAACCACUCUUGCAUUCAUUCACAAUGUAUAAUAUACGAGCAGCUUCAAUGACUUCGCAAUUUCUUCCUUAUUGCCAUUAUCAAAUUGAAUGUAUUAAAUAUUUUCCAGUCGAUAGACCUGGUGUAAUGCUUUACAAAAUUUUACAAGAUAUUGAUUCAAAUAAUCAACUAUGUAUAAAGAGUUGUAAUAAAGAAGAUGUUCUUACUUUAGAUUUCUUUUUUCAAGCUCAAGGUUUAUCAUCGUCUUCGAGUGAUCCAUUGGCAACUGAUGUCAAUACUCCAGUACUUAAUACUGAUGUUCUUUAUUAUUACAUAGCGUUUUCUGAACUUUGGUUAUAUUUUAAUCAAUCUGAUAUCGAUCAACAAGCAUUGAAUACUUUUCAAAAUGCUACUAUAAUAGCUCCAAAUCUUCGCUCUGAUUUAAUUGCAUUGAGAGAUGCAUGA